AUGGGGAUUGGGGAGGAGCGGACACCUUUCUGGGGAGGAGCCGCUGCAGGAAGAAAAUCCUCUGGUGGAUUGACUGGCUGGUUCAUGCUGCGGAAAAGAAUAAUUUUAAGAGCUGCUGGUAGUAGACCUAAUGGUGAUGGAGCUAGGAAGACAAGGACGCGGGAUCGGCCAAGGGCUGUUCCAGCACCAGAGGCAAAUGCCGAACUUCAAGCAAACAUCGAUAAAAGAAGGCUAAUAAUGCAUGCAAAUGCGAAGAGCAAGAGCGAAAAGUUCCCUCCACCACAUCAAGAUGGCGCACUCGGCUAUCCGUUGGGUUGUUCGAAUCACAUGGAACCUACAUUUGAGCCCCCAGACCCAUCUUCGUUCAGUACCGUAUUUCCUUACGACAAGACCGCUGUGCCUACGUGGUCUGGACCCCUGGUUGACCCUCCUGGGGGCAACCAGAAACGGAAACACAAAUCUGGACGAUCUUCGAAACAACCAUCAACUGCCCGUGCUCGGUGA